AAGCUCAAGGACGAGUUGGGCUUAAAAUACUAUAUACAUCUGACUCUACUUCUACAGUGGAAAUCAGGAAGACCUCCACACACUCGACAAGCUCAAUUCCAGGACCUCAGCUGCGCUGCUAAACGGGUACCUUCGCCGACGCUGUUUUAAAGGAAAAAAUGAGUGCUCCAAUGUCACGCCGAGAAAGGCGAAAAGAAGCUAAGCAAUCAAAGAAUCAGAAAAAACAUCAAUCUUGGCUUGAACAUCAGAAAUCACAAAUAUUUAAGCGAGCAGAACAAGCUAAAAGAAUAUAUGGGGAUUCAAAGCCUAAUGUAAACAAAUCAAGCAAUUCAUUUAUUCAAAAUUUGAGUGAGAGAGAUGGUAAACCACAGGAUACUAACUCUGGGAGACAUCAGGAUUUAGAGGGAAAAAACGUGGGAGUGAAAACAAAGGAAGCUAAGUCAAGGUCAUCUCAAAAUAAUGGCUCUUCUGCUUCAAAGACAGUGAAACAAAGGAAGGGUUUGAAGAGGAAUGCAAAAACAAAAUUUCUAGAGUUUCUUGAAAUGGAUAUGAAAAAGGGGGACUUGUUGGCACAGGAGGAUCUGGAAAUAGAGAGGAGACUUUCCAAGAAACUUAGGGUGAAGGAUGGAAAAUUGAGGGGCACAGAUGAUGAAUUAAAUCUGUUAUUGGAUGGGAUUUUUGACUGUGGGCCAGAUGCUGAUGAGUUUCCAGUUGAGAGACUUGAAAACAGUAAGAUAGAUUCUGAUAUCAUGGGUGGAGUUUAUGAGCCAGAGGAUGCACAGAUGGAAUGGGAAGAAAAUGGACUUAAUACAGUUUCACAUAAGAAAAAUAGAAAGCGCAACAAAUCAAAGCAGAAGCAAGAAGAGGUUCUAGCUGCAGACACAACUAAUGGUGGUAUUAUCAGUGGAGGUUUUGAUAUAGAGGAAAACCCUGGUGCAGAGUUAAAAGAGGAAGAAGGUGCCACCAAGACAACUUCACGCAAGAGAAGGAGAAAAAAGUCAAAGCAAAAGCAAGAAGGUGAUACAGUAGGAGACACAAAUAAUAGUGCGUCUAAGCAAGCAGAAGCCCAUGAGGCAGAGGUAGAGGUGGCAUUACAGGAAACUCCUACUAAUACACCUUCAGUAGCAAGUAGUAUGAAGUAUGUGGCUCCUCACUUGAGAUCUCAUGUAGGGAAGGAGUCCGAGGAGCAAGCUCGAAUUCGCAGAAGGAUUCGUGGUCUUCUGAAUAGGUUGUCUGAGUCCAAUGUGGAAUCUGUUACAGGAGAAAUGACUACCAUCUUUCGUGUAUGUUAUCUCUCUUCUCCUCUUAGAGAGAUUCUAUGUUAUAUUUGGAGCACUAUCAAAAGAGUAAACAUUGUUAAACGUGAAAGAAUCUUUACUCAUUAUCUUGUCUGAGC